UUCAUAAUUCCGGCCGCCGUCGCCGGCGGCGGUGGUCAUAACUGAAAAAGCCACCACAUGGCUAACCAACCCUGAACCAAAGUGUAUAAUAACAUUGGCCUUUGCAUGUAAAUUUGUUGGACCAACCGCCAUCAAAAUGCUCAUUGAAUUCCCACCAAACCACGCAUCGAUCUCUCCACAAUUUAUAUCAAAAUUUAACCCCAAUUCAUCUCACAAUUUUUGCUUUACUCUCUCCAUCCUCUUCCAUUUUCUCUAAAUAUCAUUUUUUUUUCCCAAGAACUGUCCUUUUUUUAUAAUUUAAAUAAUGGGUUCCUUCCAUUUCCUCGUUAACCCAUUAUUGGUUAUUCUAAUCUUCACAUUGGCAUCCAAAACCGGAGCAAAAGUUCCGGCCAUUAUUGUGUUUGGAGACUCCUCUGUGGAUUCCGGCAAUAACAAUGUGGUUAAGACGGUGUUGAAAAGCAAUUUCAGGCCUUAUGGCCGGGACUUCGUCGGUGGUCAGGCCACCGGAAGGUUCUCCAACGGCCGCGUUCCGCCGGACUUUAUUUCUGAAGCUUUUGGUCUAAAAUCAACCAUACCGGCUUACUUGGACCCCGGUUAUACCAUUGCCGACUUCGCCACCGGAGUUUGCUUCGCCUCCGCCGGAACUGGCUUCGACAACUCCACUUCCGAUGUUUUAAAUGUGAUACCUCUAUGGAGGGAAGUGGAGUUUUUCAAGGACUAUCAAAACAAGCUAAGAGCCUAUAUGGGCAAUGAGAAAGCAAAUGAAGUGAUAAGAGAAGCUCUAUAUUUGGUAAGUUUAGGAACAAACGACUUCUUGGAAAAUUACUACACAAUUCCUCGGCGGAGACUCCAAUUUACGAUCCAACAGUACGAGGAUUUCCUGCUCGAACUGGCCGGGAAGUUCAUCGGAGAACUUUACGGGCUCGGCGCGAGAAAAAUAUCGUUUACCGGGCUUCCUCCGAUGGGGUGUUUGCCGCUGGAGAGAGCAACCAAUGUCAUGGGAAAUUUUGGGUGCGUAGAGAAAUACAACGCUGUGGCUUUGGAAUUCAAUAGGAAGUUGGAGGGAUUCGUGGGGGCAUUGAAUAUGCAGCUCCCAGGCCUUACAAUGCUCUUUGCAAAUCCUUUUCCCAUUUUUUAUCAGAUCAUCAGCCAGCCUUACUUAUACGGAUUUGAAGUGGCUGGAAAGGCAUGCUGUGCAACUGGGACAUUUGAGAUGAGCUAUCUGUGCAACCAAGAAAACCCAUUUACUUGCAUGGAUGCAAACAAAUAUGUGUUUUGGGAUGCCUUUCAUCCCACUCAGAAGACCAACCAAAUUAUUGUCAAUGAUUUGCUUAGAAUUCUUCUCCCUAUGUUUCGAUGAACGUUCGAAUCUCCACUAUGUCGUAUUCUAGAAAAAAUUACGCACUGUAUUUAUUUUGAAUCUUUGAUUCUCCCACCUCUUUUGCUUUUUUGCCUGUAUUUUGUCAUUAAUAAUUUAUCUUAUUCUUUUGUUGUUUGUUUCAC